GGGGCAAAUGCAGUGAUGUCAGGCUUGUGCUCCUUGUAUGAAGAAGACACUGACAGGGAAGUAGCUCAGCUGAUGGGUUUGGAACCCGAGGUGCACUGGACUGGGAACCCACGGAUGAGUGGAAACCCUCAGGACUGGCUCAGUGCCGACAACCUGUUGCCCCACCAGACGGUGGAAAAGCUGAACAAAUGGACAGUCUAUGACAACGGGGGACAGUCCAGGGCCCCAUGGGAAUCAGAGGACCCCACCCAGGAGAUGUUGGAGAGCCGACUGAUCAGCACACAGUUUGUUUUGCCAAGAAGCAAACAAGUUGUCGAGGUGGAUGAAGUGGAAGAUUUGUCACAACUGAAAGAGGUCUGCGAGAGCUCUGUGCUUUUGAACCUGAAGAAGAGAUUCCACCGUGAUUGUAUUUAUACUUACAUUGGAAACAUACUUCUGUCCAUGAACCCCUUCAAGGCCCUUAAUAUCUACACAGAUGAGCUGAGAGAGAAGUACCAGGGCAGAGCACAACAGAAAAAUCCCCCCCACGUGUACGCCAUCGCUGACAUCGCCUUCAGUGAGUCUCAGAGCGACACACAGGAGCAGUGCAUCAUUAUCAGUGGCCAGAGCGGUUCAGGAAAGACCGAAGCCACCAAGCUGAUAGUCCACUACCUCAGCUCGAUGUACCAGGGCGCAGACAACAAUCUGCGACAGCCCAUGGAGGUCUUUCCCAUUCUGGAGAGUUUUGGGAAUGCCAAGACGAUCCUCAACAACAACUCCAGCCGCUUUGGGAAGUACCUCCACAUCCACAUUCUCCAUGGCGUUGUCAUAGGAACCUCAUUGUCCAAAUAUCUCCUGGAGAAGUCCAGAGUUGUAUUUCAGGCCAAUAAGGAGAGGAACUACCAUGUGUUUUAUGAGCUGCUGGCUGGUAUGAAUGACUGGGACAAACAGGAGCUGUACCUGCAGGGAGCUGAGACCUAUUACUACCUAAACCAAGGUGGCUCCUGUGAGUUGAAUGAGAAGCAGGACAAACAGGACUUCCAACUUUUGGUUCAGUGCUUCGAGACCAUCGGGCUUCACGUCGACCAGAUCUCCAACAUCUGGGCCAUUCUGUCCUCCAUCCUGCAGCUCGGCAACAUCUGCUUCAGCUCUUAUGAGAGCGAAUCCUUCGAGGUGUCCCACAUCUUCAGCGAGGCUGAGACCAGGAGAGUGGGCUCCUUGCUGCAGAUUUCCUCCGAGGCCCUGCAGACCGUCAUCACACACAGAGUCACAGAAACGACCUACGACAGGAUCUACUGCCCUCUGUCUGUGGAAAGUGCCAUAGAAUCCCGAGAUGCCAUUGCCAAAGCCUUGUACUCCGUUUUGUUCGACUGGUUGUUGGAGCAGAUCAACGACUGGCUGAGUCCCGCAGAGAUGGACAGCACAGUCGGGAUUCUGGACAUCUAUGGGUUUGAGGACCUGGAGGUGAACAGCUUUGAGCAGCUGUGCAUCAACUUUGCCAACGAAAAGCUGCAGCACUUUGUCAACAAGGCAGUGAUCGCUCAGGAGCAGGAUGAGUACACUGCUGAGCAGAUCCAAUGGUACUCGGUGCCACUCAAGAACUUCCACUCUUGUCUGGAGCUGAUCUCCUCUAGACCACAAGGCAUCCUGCGUAUACUGGACGACCAGACCAGCCUCCCUCAGGCCACUGACCACACCUUCCUCCAGAAGUGCCACUACCACCAUGGGAACAGUCCCUACUAUGCCAAGCCCAAGAACCCACAUCCAGUCUUCACUAUUUAUCACUAUGCUGGAGCGGUCACCUAUCAGGUCCAUAAUUUCCUGAAUAAGAAUCAUGACCAGUUUAGGACAGAAGUGGUGGAGCUUUUUGCCAAGAGUCAGUUAAAGAUGGUUUCAGAGCUGUUCCGGAAGGUUCAGGACGGUUACAUUCAGCAGAGAGAGCUGGGAUGGAGAGGCAGGGGCCUCCGCCAUCAACCCUCUACUGUUACCUCACACUUCCUCCAGUCCUUGAAUGAACUCACCACGCGCCUGGAGAGAUGCAAAACUAUGUUUAUUCGUUGUGUGAAGCCAAACUUUGUCAAGCUUCCUGGUAUAUUUGAUGUGGACUAUGUGUCAGCCCAGCUGAGACAUGCAGGGAUGAUGGAGACCAUCCACAUCAGGAAAGAGGGUUUUCCCAUACGGAUUCAAUACCAUUACUUCAUUGAAAGGUACGGGGUUCUGCUCAAUGUGCGUGAGGUUGAGCAGUCGGACAGGGAGCAGACGGUAGCUCUGCUGGACAUGAUUGGUGCGGAGGACGACCACUACCGACUGGGCCUCACCAAGGUGUUCCUCAAGGAGCUGCUGCACCAGCAGCUGGAGGACAAGUGGAUCACCACUCAGACCUGGGCUGCCAUCACUAUCCAGAGGAACAUCAGGGGCUUCCUCUGCCGGAGGAACUUUAAGUUCUUCAGACAGAAAGCCAUCGUCAUCCAGAGCCACAUCCGAGGACACCAGGCCAGGAAGCACUUCAAGCGCCUAAAGCAGUCGUUCACCCAGUUCUGGGCAGCGAUGCUCGUAACUAGAGACACCAUCAAGAGACGCCACUGGAGGAAGGUAAAUAAAUCCCUCCAUCACUGCAGUGACAGGAACAACUGUGACCUCUUCAGUGGUUCGUCGUUGAUUCGCUUUCCAUGUCCUUUAUUUCAGGAAUUUCAUGAGAGAAACAAAGAAACGGUGAGAAAGAAGAAGUCUGUGUCUCCAGGAAUGGAUGUUGGGAGACUGGAGAUUCCUGCUGAGCUGUCAGCCAGACUUCUCAGUUCCACAGGGCGGCAGCAUUUGCCAGCGGUGACAGAGGCUGCACCUCCUCAGGUGAAAGCGAAACACAAGCUCGGUCUGCCUCGGGAUAUAGACAGAUUCCCGUUCUCUCGCUAUGCCAAGUCCACAUUAAAGGAUACAUGGGGCCAGCCUCCGGAAUACCCCCUUCAGAGGCCGCUCACCCCUCUGGAGCCAGAAGAUGCCAAAACUGCAGUGGAAAUUUACAAACUGAUCUUGAGGUUUACAGGUGAGCAGGAUCUCAGCAGCUGGCAGGAGCAAAUGUUGGGUAAUUACAUUGUGGAAAAGUGCCAGAGCCGGCCAGCUCUGAGGGACGAGGUCCUGGCCCAGCUGGCUUACCACACUUGGGGCCUGCAGGAGGAGAAAGGCCUGAAGGGCUGGCUGCUGCUGGCCUGCUGCCUCAGUGCCUUUGCCCCCUCGCCAUCACUGGACAAACACCUGCUCAAGUAUGUGUCAGACUACGGUCCAGGUGGGUACCGUUCACUGUGCCAACACAAACUACUCACGUCUCUGCAGCUUCCAGCUCCCACGUCACGCAUUUACCCUCCCACCCACCUGGAGUGGACGUCUAGCCAGAGAAAGGGCGCCAUGCUGUUGGAUGUGCACACCUUUAAUGAUGAGAAACUAGCAAGUGAAGUGGAGUCGUGGACUACUGGUGAGCAGCUGGCCUCAUGGCUUCUCAAUUUCAGAGGUGUGAUGGAAGCGACGCAGGGCUGGUCGGUGUCUCUUUUGAACGAGGAAGGCUGGUCAGAUCUGGCUGGCUCAGACUUUGUCAUGGAUCUGCUGGGGGGAGCUGAAUCUGAAGUGGUGCCACCUCUAGCUGCAAACUCAGACUACCUGUUCAGCCAUGAAGACAGGACAUCAGCUGCAGAUUCAUAUGACAUCAUCCCACCAGCACCUCCAGUACAAGCUCCUCGUCUGUCUUCUCACGAGGGAGGUCGCUGGGGAUUAGAUUAUCCGCAGGAAGGGCGCAGUCGACAAAUAGAUGCCUACGUUGACGACUUGUUUGAUCCUGUGCUCGACCAAGGACCUCCGGACAGGGACAGAGUAGCCAUGUUCAACAACAGGAUGAGAGGAGGAGGAGGGAUUGGACCAAUGCAGCCUGGCAUGUAUGGAGCUGGUAUGCCGAUGACAAUGCCAACCUAUCCUAUGGGAAUGCCAGUUACCCCUACAAUGCCCACCUAUGGUGCAGCUCCCAUGAUGCCAACCAUGGCAGCCAUGCCAACCAUGCCAGCCAUGAUGAUGCCUCAGGCUGCCAUGCAGACUCCUGCCGUCAUGGACCCAAUGCAGUCUGCAGCAACACAGCAGGCCCUUCUCAACCAGCAGGCCCUUCUCAUGGCCCAGCAGAUGACCAUGCAGGCAAUGAGUCUGUCCCAGCACCAGGUGCAGGAGCAGCAGAAGAAAGAGGAGCAGAAGCAAAAGCAGAAGGAGCAAGAGCAGAGACGGAAGGACGACGAGCAGAGACGGAGGGAGGAGGAGCAGAGGCGGAGGGAGGAGGAGCAGAGGCGGCGGGAGGAUGAGAGAAAGCGGGAUAGGCGUCACGACGAGGAGGAGCGGCUUCAGAGACGCAAGUCAGAUCGACGCAGCAGGGAGCGCUCUCCGUCACCCGCCGCUCGAUCUCCAUCACCUCCACCUGUCCAAGCCAGACCACCAAAGAAAAAAGUCACCUCCUCCUAUAAGGCACCUAAACCACAAUCAGAGGAAGAAGGUGAGUCAUCCGAUCCAGAGGACCUGCACACUUUCAGAGAAAAGAGGGAUUUUUUCCAGAAAAAAGGCAAGAAGCCCAAGGAUAAAACCAAACCCCCAAAGCGUCAGUCGACCCGCUCCCAAGAGCAGCGGCCUCCACCAUCACCUCCUUCAUCUUCUCCACCACCUUCACCUCCUCCUCCUCCUCCUCCAAAGCCUUUGAAGGACACUAGUGACCCCCCUGCUAAAGUAGAACCUCCAAAGCCAUCACCUUCCCAGCCUCGGCCCGAACCGACCUCCAACAUCCGAGAUAUCAUCAAAAUGUUCAACAGCCGACCCGCACAGGACCCCGAACCCUUCGAGCCCGUCAGACCCACUACAAGACCGUUUGUGAAGAAGGGGGACCCAAAACAGGAAGCUCUGGACAAACUCAAAAAUGUGUCACCAGUACCACCACAGGAAAGACGCCUGCCACCUCCAACACCACCCAAGCCUGACUCCAAAGGUCCCCGCCCCAUCUCCAACAGCAUGAAGCAGAAGCAGCGCCCUCUGGUGGAAAUGCUGCUGUUACCGCGCGUUCCGCAACCUCCGCCUCCUCCCCCCGACUGCCCACCACCUCCACCUCCUCCUCCAGAGCCCAUCCUGCAGGAUAUUCCUGAGCCACCAACCAUGAUUGCCCCAUCUAUCAGCGAUAUGAUGCCAGAUGAUGACGACGGCAUUCAGUCGCAGCUGCAUCGCUUUUCAGCCGGCGUCUACUUCGCCUACUCCAACAUGCUGGGGAAACUGUACAUGCGAAAAGAAGUUUUUUACCCCAAAGAGAUGUUCAAUCAGCCGUACAUCCUCAAUCUGCUCUGUGAACAGAUCAUGAGGGACACGUACUCCGACAGCUGUAUGAGGAUCAACAAAGACGAGAGGAGGAAGAUGAAGGAUCUGCUCGCAAACUUCAAUGUGGGAACAUCUAUCAGCACUAUCGAGGACGACAACAUGAAGAGAAGGAUUGUCAUUGCUGCUCGAGACAACUGGGAAAACUACUUCAGUCGACUCUUCCCUCUGAUGCUGUCGCAGGCGGACAGCGGCGAUGCUGAGGUUCUGGGUGUGUCCCAUCGUGGGAUUAAUCUCUUGAAGGUUGUCAGAGCGUCCGGCAUCAACCCCAAACAUCUCCGUCAGCUUAGAAGUUACAGCUUUGCAGAGUUGCUGUCAGCCGACCUGCAGGACGCAGACAAGGUGCAGGUGGAGUUGAAGAACGAGAACCUGGUGCUGAAGUCCAACAGAGCUCCUCAGAUCACUGCCAUGAUCCAGUUAUUCCUUCAGGAGCUCAUCAAGGGCUCGGAUCAUGUCGUUGCUCUGAAGAGUUUUGUGACAGAUGAAAAGAGUCUGCUCAGUUUCGACAGGGGUGACAUCAUCAAACUAUUGCCAAUGGACGGACUUCAGGAAGGCUGGCGUUUUGGCUCCAUGGGAGGACGCUCUGGUCUUUUCCCAGAAGACCUCACUCAGCCGUCUGCGGCCCCAGAGUACCAAAGUCUACACCUGGAGCGAAAAGAUACUCGCAGGAAAAGCGUGAGGCGCACUAAUCCUGCCGGUGCAGCCAAGAAUAAGGCUCCAGCAGACACGAUGCUUCUCAUGGGCGGUGUUGAUUCAGAGCGUCCCGGCGGAGACACCCUGCAGCAGGGCUCAAAUCGAAGCUCAGUUCAGGGCUCUGUCAGUGAUAUGGAGGUCCUCUCACCCAUGGCUAAAUUCGCCAUUAAAUACUUCAGAGUGGGGAACAUGUCUCUGCCAGCCAGUGGGAGGAACUUUUUGGAAGCUGUUCAACAUACAGAGGUUCCCAUACAGGAGUCCCUCAUUCUCUACAGUGAUUCUGAAUUCAGUGAAUUAUCUGUCCAGUGCUUCACGACUGUGAUGCAGUUAAUGGGUGACCUGCCGCUGAAGAAGAAAAUAACCCGGGCAGGCUGUCUGCGUGAUAUCUUACUGCUCGGGAAGGAGAAGGAGACGCUGAGAGAUGAAAUCUACUGCCAGGUCAUCAAGCAAACCACUCUGAACCCAGACCACUCCAGCUGUAAGCUCGGCUGGUCGCUGCUCGGUGCGAUGACCGGGUUCUUCUUCUGCUCUGGCACGCUGCUGCCGUACGUCACACAGCACCUAAGCAACAUUUCUCAGGACGACGACCAUUCGUGCCGAGAGCUGGCACAUGUGUGCCAGGAAAACCUUGAACGAUCUCUCGACUUCGGCUGCCGUCGUACCAUCCCCUCGGAAAUUGAGAUGGAGGCCAUUCUGGCUGGCAAAACGUUCCAACUCAUUUCCAUCAAGUUGCCAGGAGGAGUAAAUUUACCCAUUAAGACGCACUUCUUCAGCAUGGCAGUCGACGUGCUUAAAGAGAUCUGUACGGAAAUGGGUAUCACAAACAUUACAGAAAUGAGAGACUUCACCAUCGUCUGCCACAGACAUAAAGAUGGGACUGCGCGUCCCCUCCAUCCUCAGGAAUAUCUGUUCGACUUUCUGCUGGACAACGACGACUCCAUCUUCCUGUCCCUGAGGAGACUGUUGUGGAGAAACACCCUGUCCUUCAGGACUGACCUCUAUCUGGAGUUCCACUACCAGCAGCUCUUGGCCGACUACCUGAGUGGCUGCGUGUUGCUUCCUGCUGUUAUAGGUGCCUCAUUUGUCAAGCACGCGGCGGAGCUUUCGGCUCUGCAGCAUCUGGCUCGGGGAUUAAAGAAUCAGCCGUCACUGUCGGAUAUGAAGGAGUACCUGCCAUCAGAGGAGCGAUUCAGCAGAAGAGCUGAAGGCAUCCAUUCCAACUGUCUGGGUCAAAUAGCUGCCAUGCAGUCUCUCAGUCCUCGGGCUGCCAAAAUAAAAUUCAUAGAGGUAUUGAGCGGCCUGCCUAAAUUCGGCUCCACCAAUUUCUUGGCCCAAAAGGUCAGCCAGCGUGAAUGCCCUUCUCCCUGUGUGGUCAGCGUCAGCCAGGAGGGUGCACAGUUUCUUGACCCAAAAACACAGGAGCAAGUGUUCAUGAUUCCACUAGCAGAAGUUCAGCACAUGCGCACCACCCCACCCAAGAAACAAGGCAAAGCGUCCUCGGUCAUCAUCAGUUAUGGAAAUCCAGCUCGACCCAAAACACUCACCAUUCAUCUCAAAGCGGCCAAGGAGUUAUGCCACAUUCUGGCUCUGAUCAUCGAAGAGGUGAUUGCACCAUCAGUGAACAGUUCCAUUUCAAAUCCCCAGUAGACAUCCGUUGGGCUGUUGAAUUAAAUCUUACGUUAUGACCCACCCACCACGAAAUGUAUCUCUCUUUUUGUGUUCAUCCUUGAAUUGUAUGUUGAAUAUGAACAAAACUAUGCACACUAAUGCUAAUUAAAAUCUUCUUUUAAUUGUCACUUUUUGGAGAGCUAAUAAAGCAGAAAUGAAACAUCUAACACUGGGAGAGAUUGAGGUAAUUUGCCAGCUGUAAUGAUAUAAUGAAUGCUGUAAAUUGUAUGCAACCGUUGCGCUUCAUAAUUCAACGGCUCCAUUGUUGUCAAGUUUGUUUAUAAUUAUUGGUAACUGUUUUAAUAUCUCGUAAGAUACAGAACAUGAAUCAUUUAUGAGCAUUAAAGAAAUAUGUUGAUUCAGUU